AUGCAGAAAGAACAAGAGCAACAGAAAAUGGAGAAAGUGGAGAUCGUCUUUUGGUUGUUAUUUGCUCUAGGCCUCUCACAAAUGCUGGGAUCCUCCUCCAAAAACGAGGCGGAUGUUCUUCUCGAGUUCAAGAAGGGUAUAAACGACACAGAAGGCAAUCUUCUUGACUGGAACCCGGGCAAUGUUGCCAACAUGUGUGCUUGGGCAGGAAUCUCAUGCGAUUCUUCCACCAGCGUCGUCUCGAUCAGGCUUACAUCUCUUCUCUUACAGGGAAGUAUAUUGCCCUCGAUUGGCCAGCUAACACAGCUCAGAGAGCUCAACUUGUCACGGAACUACUACAUGUCCGGUGAGAUUCCCAGCGAGAUCACAAACUGUUCUCUCCUUGAGGUGCUAGAUCUCUCCUACAAUCUCUUCCAGGGCCGGAUUCCGGGCUUCUUGGGACGCCUUCAACGUCUACGUCAUCUUUCCCUGCGGUGGAACUAUUACAACCAGGAGAUUCUCUCGAGCUUGGCAAAUUGCUCGUCUCUCGAAGUCAUUGAUCUCUCGAGAAACCAGCUUGGUGGCCGCAUUCCGGAGUCCCUGGGUCAGCUUUCCAGGCUGCAAAAUCUCUCUCUGGCUGACAAUUCCUACAUGCAUGGAACACUGCCUCGAAGCUUGGGCAAUUGCUCGUCUUUGGUUGGUCUCAGGCUUCGAAACAACAAGUUCACUGGAAAGAUACCAGUCGAUCUAUUCAAGCUACCAGUGCUCUUGACCCUUGGCAUUUCGAUGAACGAGUUUACUGGUAUUGAAUCUGGUGGCUACGCCUCAAGCAGCAUUGUGGAGCUAAACUUGACCUCCAACAGUUUCAACACCUCCAUGGACAGCAUACUAAAAGGAAUCCAGCAAAUGAAGCACCUUCAAAUUCUGGCUCUUGGUGGCUUCCCACAGCAAUUGUCUGGUGAGAUCCCUGCUAGUCUUCUUUCUUUGAAAUCACUUCAAAGUUUGGACCUCCAGAAUAACAGUUAUAGCUCCAUUCCUUUGGACUUUGCCUACGGCAACCUGGGGUAUUUAGACAUCAGGUUCAACAAGUUCGCUGCUCUCCCUUCUCACGCAUCGAAGUUUCUUAAAACUGUGAACGUGUUACGUCUGGCAAGAAACCAGCUCACAUCAAUCCCACCUGAGAUCUUUGGUGGGGAUGACUGCGCUCUUGAAGCGAUCGACAUGUCCCGCAACAACUUGUCCACAGGAAUUCCUGAAACUUUGGUGGAUUGCCUGUCCCUACAGAGCGUGGAUCUAUCCGUUAACAAUCUACAAGGUGGCCUACCGAGUGGAAUGGCAAAGCUCCGGAACUUAACAUCCAUGACCGUCUUCAGGAACAACUUGACUGGGCCUUUGUUUCCACAGGUCGGCUCACUGGAGAAGCUGAAUACUUUGGACCUUUCAUGGAACAGGUUCUCAGGAGCCUUGUGGGAAGACUACUCCCCAGGUUCGUCGAUGCGGCGACUUGAUCUCUCUUACAACGAGCUCUCUGGCCAAGUUUCUCCAGGCAUUGGCAACUUGACAAAGCUCACGAGGCUUGAUCUUUCCAAUAACCAUCUCUCCGGUGUCAUUCCUUCGGAGCUUGGACGCUGCUCUUCUAUAACGCUGCUGGACUUGUCAAGAAAUGAACUGAAUGGUAACCUUCCAAAGGCGAUGGACAAUUUCACAGAGCUUCUCAUCCUCAAUGUAGGAGAUAAUAUGCUAACUGGUGAGGUGACCAUGGACUUUGGAGCCACUAAACACCUAGUGGCCUUGCAACUUGGGCAGAACCAAUUCAGCGGCCCUCUCCCAUACAGCUUGAGCAACAUCUCCUUGCAAAUGCACCAGGUGCAAGUCUCAAGCCAAACUCGGCAGCAUGACUUCUAUCUGCAGCCACUUUGCACUGGGAUCCAAGCGCUAGACCUGCGAAUGAACAACUUCCAGGGCAUGUUUCCAGAGAUAGUUUGCAAGUGGACGUGCUUGAUGGUCUUGUCACUCGCAAACAACAAUAUCCGGGGCACCAUCCCACCAUGCAUCGCCAACCUCACCAAUCUUCAAGUGAUUGAUCUCUCCAGCAACCACCUCACUGGUGCUUUGCCCGACCAGCUCGAUCUCAUGCAAGGUUUCAAAGCCACAAAUGUGAGUGUAAAAGCAUUGGGAAUGAUCUCCAAGUCUCCCGAGUGGUACAGCUUUGGCGGGGGCGUGUUUGGCUACGGGAUCACCCUGCGAGGAGCAUAUGUCACCAUAUCAAACCUCAUCGAUUCCUUCACGCUCAUGGACUUCUCAAACAACGAACUCGAAGGUGAGCUGCCCCUCACACUUUCUGGGCUCGUGGGUCUCAUGCAGCUCAACAUCUCGAGCAACCGAUUCUCUGGACGCAUCCCAGUUGGACUCUCCAGGCUUAAGGUGCUGGAAUCACUUGACCUGUCGCACAACAACUUCGAGGGUGGCAUUCCGCAGGAGAUUGCGUUCAUGCCCGAGCUGUCCAGUUUCAGCGUUGCCUACAACAAUCUCAGUGGUCCUAUUCCUACUGGCAACAACCUCAACACCAAAAUCCAGCUUUGAAUGAUUGCCAUCUUCUUGGAACUUGUUGAACUUAUUGAUGAUCAUCUGGAUUUUGCUGGUGAA